ACAUUGUUUCAGUGUUUCUUAUCAAAUCAGUUCAUUGUCAUAUACAAUCAUUUGUGAUUUUGUGCCUCUUCGAUUCGAUUUUGGCCGGCGGCUCGCCGGUGAUGAUAUUUUUUUAUGAAUGAUCCGUCAUUGUAUUUCCCUCUUCAAAUCUAAAUCUUUAGAUUCCAGUAAGCUCAUAAAGUUUUGCCUGGCCAACCGUUUGGAGCCGCUCAGAUUCUCAGCCGUCAACAUGAGCGACGAGGUCGCGAAAGCUCAAGAAUCCAAACCAGGUGGUGAUACCAUUUUUGGAAAAAUCCUGAGGAAAGAAAUCCCAGCUACUUUCCUGUACGAAGAUGAUACUUGUGUUGCAUUCAAAGAUGUCAAUCCACAAGCUCCUGUUCACUUUUUAGUCAUACCGCGAAAACCAAUCGCCAUGUUGUCCGAUGCCACUGAUGAGGAUGAAAAGAUUCUCGGCCAUCUUCUCACCACAGCUCGUAAAGUUGCUAAAGAACAAAAUCUGGCGAACGGUUUCAGAGUUGUGAUAAACAAUGGCGUAGAUGGAGCCCAAUCUGUUUACCAUCUACAUGUUCAUGUCCUCGGUGGCCGUCAAUUAGGUUGGCCUCCUGAAUUUAACUCAUCUUCUGUUGUGAAGCGCUACUUCCACUUGUCCCUUGUGUGGCUCGUUUCUCGAUUUUUCUGGUACUUCCGUAGAUAGGUAGUUUUGUAAAUAAUACUUUAAAAUAAAUUUAAUUUAGGUGGA